AUGACCAGCGUUGACGGUGUUCAACUCAGACAAACGUGGAACGCUGCUCUUGACAAUGCGCAGACCCAGCUCCAGUCACUGUUGACCUCGGCGACUUCGCCUUUAUGGCGGAGGGUCCCUUCAGCCGCGCCAGAGACGGCGCAAGACGGGUCUUCAACAGCUCAAGAAGAAUCUCAUGUUAUUAUUCACAAACGACCGAGCAAGCAAGGCGAGAUAUUCCGACUUAUCCUGGACAUUCCAGUCGAUGGCUUCUCAAUCGCCGCCUGGAAAGCAGUCCUGGCUACACCCGAAAUGAGACAUGAAUGGGAUCCAGCAGCUGAGAGCUCUCAGUUGCUCGAACUGCUCGAGGUAGAUGUACGAGUCGUCAAGACAGACUUUACAUUGGGCUGGCCAGCAGCUCCUCGUGACGCCGUCACGAUUUCUCGAACACUAAGCGACGGAUCUACAUUACUCGAUGUAACAACCUCGCUGCCAAGGUCCCCAGACGAGCCGCCCUAUUUACGGCCAACACCCCCAUACGUUCGAUCCCAUGUGCAUUUAUUUGCCUGGGUCAUCCAACAGGUUCCUUCACCAGCAGGCGCCAACAUUCGCCUCACUUGCUUUUGGCAACACGAUCUGAAAGCCGUUUGGGAUACGGUACUCGAAUUCCCUUGCUACAAGGUUAUGGACUUGGCGUUGGAAUGGAAAGAAUGGCUUUCGACGUUGGCAAGACAAUCUCUCACUGUGGAAUACUCGAUUCUCCACGAAGAGGAAGGGGAUGAUCUGCUGCAAGGAGCUCCCCGUGGCAUGGACGAAGUCCUAGCCAGGAAGGAAAAGAGACGAUUGGAGAAAAGCUUGGAGUUUGUCCUUCCAAAGCAAACGGGCUGGGACAUACAACUUCUGAUACGAGCGUCGUCUGCUAUGGCUGCCUCGUCACCUUGGGCAGUUAAAGCCUAUAGCGACAAGGACGGCUUUCUGGACCCGGAUCAGCUCCUUUUGCGCGCACGGCAUUCUCUUCCUUCAUCUAUGCAUGCUGUAAUCAAGGUCAAACUGGUCAUUGAGGCAGCUGGCGGGACUGCAGGAAACCUUCGGUUAAAUGGCGUACCCCUAGUCGUGGAAGAUCUUGAACUUAGAGAUCCUACGCCUCUCACCAUUCCGGAACCACUGCUACAGGAUGCAAGCAACGUUGGAGAUAUUUCUUUUCAAUCACCAAGCGGGGCACAGAGCCAAUUCUCUGAUGUCGCAUCUCGUACUAUCUCGGUUCGAGCCAAUGGACGUACGGAAGGAAGCCAAAAGUCCAUUCUCAAGCUCGUCAAACGGAACUAUGUUUACUUUUCCUCUUUGAUACAAGAGCCAGAGAUGAAAUGGAAACCACUUGUGGAGGCGAGAGGUGUCUCUGUCACGCAACUCGAUUCCAUUGACCCUACAUUGGUUGUCUACAAAGCCGAGGCCGUCUUUGUUGGUGUGGGUAUGUGGGAUCUGAUUAGCGUCAUCUCCACACCCGGAGCGACCAUGUACUGGGACAAGAGUUUCGACGGUGCAAACCUGCUAGAAGACGUCAGCGAGCUAAGCCAAUUGUGGCAUCACAAGACAAAAGCAGCAUGGCCAGUCAAUGCUCGAGAAUCCGUUCUACUCAGAAGCACGUAUAAGUCUCCCACAUCGGUCCACAUCUUUUCUUUUUCAACCGACGACAUACAUCUCUUCCCCAGUAUCCCACCGAGUGACCCCAGUGUUAUCCGUACACAAGUCGAUCUGAGAGGAUGGGCCAUCGAGGCAUUGUCACCCACCACGACGCAGGUCACGCUCAUAGAACAGUCUGACCCCAAAGGGUGGUCCAACAAGUCGUCGUUGCCUCAGCAAAUCAUCGCGGCCGUUUCAGGAGUAGGCGAGUUUGUGAUCAAGUCAGGAGGACCACCAGUCCUUAGCCGGCUCGGUGGUGCCCGCGCGUUGAUUAACAGAUACGAUUUCGAAAAGGCCAACUUUCGUCUUGAUUACGAGGUUGACGCUUCGAGAAGAGCUGCCGAUCCUGAGCAAUCGACUCCUGCUCAAUCCAGUAUUGAUUUGACGGAUACCAUUUCCAGUACCCCUCCAUCACGACCAUUCGUCGAGUGUGAACUGCGAUGCGACAUUGAAACAUGGGGUGGUCCCAUCGACGUGGUUGUUGACCCUCCUCCACAAACGGUGUCCUGCCUUCGACGACACCGACUGUCGGAAAACGGAGGUGGCCUCUGGAUCACUAUCGAGCACGAUGCAGACUUUGUUGCUGGGGAACGACUUAAAGUCGUCGUUAGAAAGGGUACAUCUUCAACGGCAAAAGAGAAGAACACCGUGCUCAUCAACGGUGCUAAAACCAAGGUCGAGGUUGAGGAAUUGCCAGAAGCCGAGAUCAAGCAACUUUCAAAACGCAAACGCGUCAAGCCGGUUCGUAUACCUCUGGAUCAACCACCGGUUGUCAGCGCCAUCCGCAGGCGACGCGCGGAAUGGGCUGUGGAUAACGAAGGCGGAGAAAAUGGGGAUGAUAGCUCGUCAAUCAACACGGGACUUCCGAUCCAAACCACGUCUACGUUGACUGGAAAUACAUUCGGCCGACUCAUGUCCAUGGCAUUCUCGCAGGCCACCUCUAGCACGUCCACGGCCAUGUCUGCUGUCGCUAAGCCUUUUGCGCUGACAGAGCAAACAGUACCGACGGCAACCAAAUCGCCCAUGCAGCAUGCCCUCGACGCAAUGGCCUAUCUACGCUCACUGUAUACCCGACCUCCACAGGAAGGUUGGGUACAGGUCGCUGACAACGGCGGGCUAGCUGUUCUUCGAAAGCUCGAGACCGAAGUGUCACGGACGAUCCCCGUUCAUAAAGCAUCAAAGGUCAUCGAGGGAGUCACGGCUGAGGAGGUGAUUCACGCCUUGUCAUUAUACGAUUGCCGGAAGCAGUGGGAUGAUCGUUUUGACUCCGCUGUAGUCCUACAGGACUAUGGAUACGGCUGCCUAACAUCAUUUACUGUUGUCAAGGGGGCUUUUCCGUUCCAGCCACGGGGGUUUUACACCGCAUCGACGCUUGCACGCUCAAGCUCAUCGAUUUCAGCUGGAGACAAGGCCAGUAACCUAUCUUCAAGCUCAAGUAGCAAUGAACAUGCCGUCUACUACCACGCGACUACUUCUUUCAACCCCGAAUCCAUCAAAGACUUCUCGUCGAGAAAGUACAACCCAUCGAACUAUGCAAUAGGGCGCGUACUGGUGAGGGGUUGGAUCUGCGAAACCCUGGACCCGUACACCUCGGAGAACUACGCCAUUCCUUCCACCAGAUGUACGUUUGUGUCAGCGGUGGACUUUGCGGGUGCAGUGCCUGUCGCAUACAACGCAAUGCUUAACGCAUCGCUCCCAAGAGCUAUUUUGCGACUGGAAAGCUAUCUAAAGAGCAGCGUCAACCUCCCCGUCUUUCAUACUCCCAUCAUAGGCAUUGCUGUUGAGCCGACGGAGGGUCCGCAAGAAGGUUGGAGCUUCCAGCGACGAGACGCAGGAUCUAUUGUGGUUGCCCGGCGCUAUGGUCACGAAAAGAAGGAGUAUCAAGCGACAGUAGUCAUCGAUCCGACCUCUGUGCAGUCUAGUAAUCAGGGAACAGACAUCACACCGACACCCAGUCGCCUUAUUCCGCCGGCAUCGCCUCCGAGCCCAACACCAGGGGAAAGCUUUUCAGUCUCACCUCCUGGAGCGUAUGCGCCAAUACACGAUCUGGGACGACCGAAGUCGCCAGAUCGGGCAUCAUUUAGAGAUAUCUCCAUCGGGAGAAGGAACCAGUUCAUAUCUUCAUCCAUGGAACGAAGAAGGCCGGCGCCCAGCUUUUCCGCUUCCUCAUCCCUGGCUCCAAAGGACUACCUUGUCGCUGACCUUGUCGUGGACUCAAAAUUGUACCCGCAAGGAUUUGACAUCCUAGUAUCGCCUGGCUCGAGAGUGCCAGAAGAAUACGCAGAUCUCGCUCAUACUUAUUCUUCAGGAGAAGGCCCAUUCCCUCUCAACAUUAUUGUUUACGCUCUCUCAAAUAGUUUGUAUCGUAGCUCGUAUUCCGAACGCUCUGGGUCUCGAUACCUGGUUCGGUUGUCUCUUCCGACGGCAAGAUUUGAAGGCGCACCACUCGAAGAUCCUUUGACUGGCCAAAUACGCAGUCCACCACCACGUCCAUCAUGGUUACUGGAGAUUAUGGAAAAGGGUGCAACUAUGGAUAUCUCCCUUCUACCAUCAGAUGUAACGGCAAGUUCUCCAACCUCUCAGGCCAAUGGUUUCAAAGUGACCCACAACGGGCAACCCGUCGAUAUUAUCAGCGAGAGGAAGGCUCUAACAAUGCUAGGAAAGGACGGAAGUGACCUCUCCCUGACGAUGCCAUGGGUUCUAAGAUCCGACGAUGCGACCUUUCCAAAAGAGUUGAUGACACCAAUCGCAGUUGCGAAGCAAUAUUUGGUCGAACCCGUUCCGGAGCCACCUGGGCAAACAGAACCGGAAUCUAUCGUAGAGGCAAAUCAGAAGUCGGAAUCUGUCCCAACGGAGAUACCCCGUGAAGUUCCUCCGACGCCUCGACCAGGACUCGGGUCCAUCUUCAAUACCUAUGCCUCAUGGUGGCCGAAGAAAGUCUCGACGAUACCCACUCCACCUGCUUCUGGUUCUCUAGUUGACUCAGACCCCGAAGGCAAGACCAAGUUGCAAGUAUCGAGCGUUCUUGAGUCAACCAACGGUAGCGCAAUCACGAUGACAGGCAAAAGACCGCGAGGUCUCCCGCUGCACAUCGUAUUCGUCGUAGCAGUUAUUUGCUUUUUGCUUGGAUCGCUUGUGCGGUCCAUAUUGUCGCCUACCGAUUUCAUUAUCAUCAAAGGUCCGGAAGAGUUGGUCGACUUUGAUGAGCGUCAAUGGAGACGCUUCUCACGCCUCGUCGAAUUCAAAUGGAUCUGGCGAGGAAAUGAUCUAAUUAUUGGCAUAGCUCAUGCAUAG